ACUCAAAGUCCGCUGACCUAGAAGCAGAGUACACACCAGCUGCAGGCGAUCUUACACAACACCCAGACACCACAGCAGGAUGGGUAAAUGUGGUACCGCACUGUUUGUGGUAAGCGGCGUCUUGCUGGCAGGUCUUGGUUAUAUGUUGUACACACCUCUACCUGAUCACCUGGGCAACCAGUGGCAGCUCAAGACGAUGUUUGCCAAGAUAAAGCUCAGUUUCGUUGUCUCUGAACUGUUUUAUCAACUUGGCCUGAGUGGGAAAGACAGGACCGAUGUUAUACGGGGCAACAUUAACUACCUCAUGACAUCGCCGCCAUCACAGGAGGAACAAGCAGCACUUGAGAUUUACGACACAGAAUUGAAUGGAGUCCCAGUAAGGGUCUAUAAACCCAAGUCAGCCACAGGGGCACUGCCUGGAUUGGUGUAUUACCAUGGCGGUGGCUGGGUAGUCCUGAACAUUCCUGCCUACGAUGCUCCUUGCGUCCACAUCGCCCGCACAGCCAACAUCAUCGUCAUAUCCGUCGAGUACCGCUUGGCCCCAGAACAUCCAUUUCCUGCUGGUUUUGAUGACUGUCUCCAGGUGGCGCUGUAUGCGUUGAAACAAGGUCGUGACCUCGGUCUUGACCCGACCAGGGUCGCAAUAGGAGGUGACAGUGCCGGUGGCAAUCUGGCUGCAGCAGUUUCCUUGAAGCUGAGAGACCAGAUGAUAAAACCAGCUCCAAAGUCACAGCUCCUAAUCUACGGAGUAUUCCAAAUGUGUGACAAAUCUCUGCCAUGCAUGAAACUGCGUGAGAAAUAUGAGAACACCGCGGCGAUGUCUGUCUUCUUCCAUAGUGCCUAUUUCAAUUUAACAAAGACCCAAAGUGAGCUCUUAAUGGCCAGGAAGUACUCGACACCGGAAUUGGUGCAGAGAUGUACUAAACUCGUCGAUUACAAACUACUCCCGAAAGAGUUAAUUCCAGAUGGCUACGAACCGGAAGUUACUCUGGCAAGCUCUGUAACCGAUGAUGUCAAGUAUAUCAGCAGACUUAUGAGUGAUACCAGGGUGGCACCGCUGAUGGAGGAGGAUCUGAAGAAUCUGCCAACUUCUCUGGUUGUGGCUGCGGAAUGGGACCAACUACGUGACGAGAGCUUCAUCUUUGCUGAGAGACUGAAGCAUGCUGGGAACAAAGUCCAGCUUCUGUACCUGUCGGACUCGUUUCAUGGAAUCUUGAAUGCAUUUGAUUUUGAGAAGUUUGGGUUCGAUGCCGGUCCAAAAAUCAUGAGCAGUAUUGUAGAUUUUAUCAACAAAGAACUGAAAUGAUAGCACAUUGUAAUCACUCAUAAAUAUUUUCAUAAGUACACAGUGAUUUUCUAUAUGUUUUUUUUGUAAUUUUAUACAGAAGGAAUAAAAUCCAUAAGGCUUGAAAUCAAAGCUUCAACAAA